GGAGGAGACUUGCCUCGCUGGAGAGGGGGAAAAGGAGUCGGAGAGCGAGUCCAAAACAGCUGUCCGGCAGACGUCCCAGUCGACAGAAGUGCAGCCCCCGAGGCAGAGACGGAAGGCUGGACAGUGUCAACAAGCCACAGGCGCAGCGCCGCACACACACACUCACACACACACACCGACACACACACACUCAUACGCUUCAUCCAGAGGCUGCAGGAGACCCGUGGAGCUGCAGCCGUACCUGGGAAGGAUCAAGAUCUCCUCUGGAUCAUCUGAGGAAAGUGCUGAUCUGACCGUCCGACAUCGCUCGACAUCGCUGGCCCUGCAUGGAGAGCCAUUCCCAGAUCGAUGCUCUGCCUAUUUCUGGAGUCCUGUAAGAGCAGUGUGCUUCUGAGAAUGUAACUCAAGCCUCUUCCCUGGAGAACCGAAGGCAUCCAGACCUUACAGAGCAUUUUUUAGCUUUUCCAUCCUGCAUAUCUGAGAUCUCCUGCACAGAAGCAGCAAUGCCGGCAAAGGCGCCCAUAUACCUGAAGCCCACCAACAGUAAAAAGGGAAAGAAAUGCCGCCUGAGGGAUAUACUGUCCCCCGACAUGAUCAGUCCCCCUCUGGGCGACUUUCGCCACACCAUCCACAUCGGCAGAGGCGGGGAGAGAGACGCCUUCGGAGACAUGUCCUUCCUUCAGGGGAAGUAUGAGCUUCUGCCAGGAAAGCGGGAAGUCCACCCUCAGUACAGCAUCCCCAGCGACUUCCUGCGAGCCAACAGCACAGGUGAUGCGUCCUUUGCCGAGACCCCGUCUCCGGUGCUCAAGAAUGCCAUCUCUCUCCCAACCAUCGGGGGCUGCCAAGCUCUCACCCUCCCCAUGAUCUCCUCCACGGUUUUCUCCAUGCCGCCGGAGCCGCUGGAGGACAUCCUGGGACCCGCGUCUCCGGGUAAAGGUGAGAGCGCCGAGGAGAUGGAACUCCUGCAGAUGGACGCUCUGCUGCGCUCCAUGGACGUCUUCGGCAACGAGCCCUUGUCUCCCUUCGCAGACAUCCAAUCGAAACCCGACGUGCUCUUAGAUCUCCUGGAAAACACGGAGAAGUCGUCCAAGGUGGCCGUCAAAGCCGGCAAAUCGAAAAAGAGCGAAAGCAGAUUUGACAAUCCGUCAUCCUGUUACAUCAACGGCCGCAACGACGGCAGCUUUAAAACCAACGGAAGUCUGAACAGCAACGCGAGCAGCGACAGCUUCGACAGCUUAAGUGGUAAAGAUGUCUUCCAGAACAAGAUCUACAACGGCAGCGGGAGUCUAAACGGCAACAGCUAUAGACACUUUAACAAUGACAUUAGCCUGGGCUUCAAGCAGAGGCUGUCCAAAUGCCACGGAGACUGGAUGGACAGGGACAGCGGGGUGGAGGAGGGCCGCCUCUGUGAUUUAGAGUUUGAGCUCUCCAAAGAGAAGAGCACCUCUCAGGAUUCCCUCACCCAGAUCACGGGGUCACUCCUCUCCCUCGAACUCGAUCUGGGCCCAUCCAUCCUGGACGAAGUGCUCAACAUAAUGGAUAAACCCGAGGAGAAGCGAAGGCCUUAAGCUGUGCUGAGGCCCCCCGAGAUGACAAAGGGAAUUAUUGAAACAUGAAGCCAUGACGGCAGAAAAGACUCAAAAAGUAAUCAAAAUGGUGUCUGGAUAUAUCAUUGCGAUGCUGCUUAUGUUUUCAUUAUCAAAACUUAUUACUAUUCAAGCUUCUAUGGAGUGUUGUUUUCUUCUUCCUUACUUCGUCCAGCAGCGUGUUAAAGAUGCAUGUGCUUUUGAGUUACAGCUAAAACACAGCCGUCAGGCCUUUGGUUUUCAAUUACUGUAAAAAUGCUACAUGACAUACUUCUAUUGGCCCUCCAGUAUAUAAAUGCAGUAACUUUGAGCUCAUUUUUCUUUUCUUUUCUCUCUUUUUUUGUUACACAGUUUCAAUCCUCAGGCUUUAGAUUAUAUUUUGUGACUUUGAUUGUGUUUAACAAAGCACUUUUGUUGUGUGUGUGUCACAUGGUUCAUUGGCCAAAUGACGAUUUAGAAACUACAGAACUCCAUACAUAUUUGUGUUUAUAAAAUUGUAACGCAAAUAAAUCCUUUUUUUUUCCUA